GCUGAGGGGGGCGGAACGCGAAAUGGCCGCCGGUGGCCGGGCAGGGCUUUGCCCCCCGGGCGGCCUCGAGCAGCUGGAGCUGGGGCGGCUACGAGACCCGCUGUCGGGCGGCUCUUCUUGCUCCCCGUCGCCGCCGCUGUCCUCUUGCUCGAGGCAGGCCUGGAGCCGGGACAACCCGGGCUUCGAGCCUGAGGAGGAGGAAGCGGCCCGGGCGGCGGCGGCGGCGGCGGCCGGGCCGGUGCUGCAGAUGGACGUGGAGUGGGGCCGCGGCCGGGCGGGCUCGCCUUCCUCCGGCGGCCGAAGCGGGAGCAGCGAGAGCGGGAGGCGGCAGCGCCGGCGGCGGGGAGGAGAGGAGGAGGAGGAGGAAGAAAGGGACGACGGGGGCGAGCGGCCCUAUCCCGGCGGAGGCGGCGAGGGCGACGCGCGGGCCCCGCAUUUCCCUCACGCCGAGCGGGUGGAGGGCGCCGGGCCCCCGCCUCACCGCGUCGCUUGGGCCAAGGGGCUGGCGCGGCGCCUGCGAGGUGAGUGA